ACCAGCCUCCCCUGGAGCCCAGUUUUGCGCUGCUCAAGCCUGGACGAGCGCGCCGCCACGCCGUAGCACUCGUGGAGACGCUUCACAGCUCAGGCCGCAUCCGCCUCUCCAACUCGCCGCGCCGCGCCGCCGCCAAGGAGCCCUCUUGAGGCGCCGCCGCCAGCCAGCGCUCCCGGACGCCGCGCAGCGAUAAGCCAAGCGCCGCCCACCAACCAGCAGUCCUCGACGCCGUCGCCGCCACAAAAUGCCCGGCGCGCCCUACAACGACGCCUACCCCGUCGGCGUCCAACUGAAACCCUACCCGCAUGUCCCGUCAGACUUGAGGGCCGACGGCCGCCGCCACGACGAUCCUGUGGGUUACGCUCUGGCCCGGGAACAACGAGGCCGGGAACGGAUCAUCGCGGAAGAAACGGUGAAGAUCGUGCGCGAGCAGGUCGCGCAAUGUUAUCAGAGGGAAGGUGUCAACCACUACCAGAACUGCAAGCACCUCACGAAGCAGUACUACGACCUCAUCACGGCGCCGGGCUUUGGGAUUUUGCAGCCGGGGAAGGAGUGAGCUCGCGGCGCUCGCGGCGCGCCGCACGCGCUUCGACGCCAUCUAACAUAGUGUCUAUUUA